UCAUGACACGCCAUCUUCUCGAAACUUGACUUCCUAGCUGUUUCAACAUUUUUCUCGCUUCCGAAGCGAAGAUCACGAUUGUAUUAUAGAAUGUUUGGAUUUAUUCAUGAAAGCAUUCGGCAAUUGGUUAUUAGAAAUUAUGGCGAAGAUACGUGGACACAAGUUUUGGAGCGGUCGGGAUUCGAAAGCGGAAAGGAAAAUAUAAUGAAUCACUACUAUUCUGAUACGGACACCUAUGUUCUUGUGGAUAGUGUAUCACUUGUUUUGAAAGUAACCAAGGAUCAAGUAUGGGAGAUGUAUGGUGGAUUUUUGAUCACUUAUUCAAUGGAAAUAGGAUGGGAUGAACUUGUACGAAGUAUGAGCCCAAAUCUCAAAGGAUUCCUUGAUAACCUCGACAGUCUCCAUUAUUUCAUUGAUCAUGUUGUCUAUAAAGCAAAUCUACGUGGUCCUUCAUUCAGAUGUGAAGAGACUCCUGAUGGGACACUUUUGUUACAUUAUUUUACUGGACGACCUGGAUUAUAUCAUAUUGUAAAAGGAGUUGUGAAGGAAGUUGCAAAGAGAGUUUUUGAUUUGGAUAUUACUCUUGUAGUUCAAGGAAGAACUCAAAGAAGUGUACAUAUGAAUAAUGGAGAAAGAGUUGAAGAACAUGUUGUGUUUUUGAUCAAUAAUCUCAGCGAGCCACGUCGAGACUCUGAAGGCUCCGAAGUCAGUCUUCUCACUUCAACCAAUGCCAAUUUCCCCACAAUUGUUGAUGACACUCUUGGAAUUUCUCUCGAUGAUUUUUCAAAAGCCCUUCCUUAUCACUUUGUGAUAGACGAAUCAUGCAAAUUGGUGCAAUGUGGUAGUGAACUUCACAAUCACAUUCCAAAUGAGUUGCUCCAACCUGGAACUCCAAUUCUUAGAAUAUUUGAAAUCAACCGGCCACAAAUACCUUUAGAUUUCGAGAACAUUUGCAAUUUCAUUAAUGCGGUGUUUGUGCUUCAAGUUAAGACAUCCCCAUUGAAAAAGAAACAUAUGGAUGCAAUGAGCCAAGAGGAGUUGAAACAAGAAAUGGAAACGUUGGACGAAGAUGCAACUAAUGAGCUGACACAGGGACACCAUUUGAAAUUAAAAGGACAAAUGAUGUUGUUGGCAUCGAAGAAACAUAUAAUCUACCUUUGCUCUCCAUACGUUACUUCAAUUAAUGAACUGAUGCAGUAUGGAAUGAGAUUAACUGCAAUGCCUCUUCAUGAUGCAACUCGUGAUUUGAUUCUUUUGAAUCAACAAAGACUUUCUGAUGUUGAAGUAAAUUUGCAACUUGAAGCUAACAAUGAACAGCUCGAAACAAUGACCCGAGAACUUGAACUAGAACGACAGAAGACUGACUCAAUACUCAAAGAUAUGCUUCCAAGACGUAUUGCUCAACAGCUUCUCAGUGGAGAACAUAUUGAAGCAUGUGAACAUGAAGCUACAGUAAUGUUCUGUGAUUUGCCAGCAUUUCAACAAGCAAUCCCUCAAUGUUCUCCAAAAGAUAUCGUAAAUAUGUUGAAUGAGAUAUUUCGAAAACUGGAUCGAAUUGUUGUUAUUCGAGGUGUCUACAAAGUGGAGACAGUGUCGGACAGUUACAUGGCAGUAUCCGGUAUUCCAGACUAUACACCUGAACACGCUGAAAACAUGUGUCACGUGGCAUUGGGAAUGAUGUGGGAGGCAAGAAGUGUGAUAGAUCCCGUGUCAAAAACUCCAUUCUUGUUGAGAAUUGGCAUUCACUCAGGAACUAUUACAGCUGGAGUUGUUGGGACAGUACAUCCGAAAUACUGUUUAUUCGGUGAAACAGUAACUUUGGCAUCUCAAAUGGAAUCUCUUGGAAUGGCUGGAAAGAUUCAAUGUAGUAAAUGGGCAUAUCAGAAAGCAAUGGAAACUGGAAGAUUUGAAUUUUCCCCACGUGGGAGAAUUGAUGUGAAGCAAAGAGGUCUUACGGAAACGUAUUUUUUGACGAGAAGUUUGAAGAAAAGUAUUUGGGAAAUUAUUGAUCAUGAUAGAGAUAUUAACGUGAACAGUAUCGAAGGUUAUGAAGAGUUGGAAACAGCAAUUGAGAACGCUGUAACUAUAAAGUCGGCACUUCCAAGACCAGAUCAGCGGAACUCUGCAGCUUGUUCAAUUUCGUAGUCUAAUUUGAUUUGCUUUGUACAAAAUUUGAUUUCACAAUAACUACUGAAAAUAAGAGAAAUUAAUUUUACAAUAAAUAAUGUUUUUCUA